CCUCUUUCUUGUUGCCCUGUAGUUAUGUAAGCCUCCUUUUGAAACGGUUCGCCUGCAAAUGGAGCAAGCGUGUGGCAGAUGGCCGGAGAUGGUGGCCCUGGGAUCCAUAAGUUAAAUGCCCAAUUGCUGUGCAGGCGGAUUCAUUUGUAACGCCGAACUUGAAGCACAAAGAGCGAGCGAGAUUUGCACCCGAGCGGUGGCUGAGAGAGAACCCUUCUCAGAGCUGGGGAAACUUCUCUAAGAAGCUGACGGAGGAGAUCUAGGGAGGUUGCAUGGGGAGAUCUUCCCCAGCAUGUGGAAUAGGAGAUCAGGGGAAGAAAGAGCGGCUGUCUCUUCUCCCGUUUCUCCACCGCUCAUAGCAGAAAAAUCCUCAGACGUGGAGAAGAGGGGGAAGUAUCAGAUUCCACUCCUUCGUGCCCGGGACAAUUGCUUUCAUUUUUUGUGACUCACCGAAUAGAGGGGAAUUGAACAGGGCUGGGCCUUCUGCUCAUGCGAGCUGCAUCUUGAAAAACAAAGGAUAAUUUUAAAAGGCGGGGGUGGGGGGACAACACUAGGGAAAAAUGUAGGAAUCUGAGCCCAGCGAUCAAGGUUCACAUCUGGCGUUCUGGGCAGGAGCUGGGCUGCUUCUCGGCCGGUGCAGCACAAUGGGCUGAAUAGGCCCAAGGCUAUUUCCAGGCACUGUCUGAGUGCAUAUGGAGUCACAAAUAAAGUCACAGGAGGGUGGCAAGCAUAAUCUGCCCUGGGACUUAUGGUGAGAAAGUGCCGGCUGCAAGAGCAAGUGAUCAUUGUUCCAUUUAAUGAGGGACAUGGGUACAUGUAAGGAAAAAACAAGUGAUUUUGGAUUGCCAGGUUUCGUUUUGCUGUUUCUGCAACUUUCACCAAAGCUGCAUAACAACUGAGACUAAAAUCUUACCUGGGUGUCAAGUCUAAUUAAAUUUAAUGGUGCUUCUGACAAGGCAUGUCUUGGAUUGCGCAGUAGGCAAGUUAAGCUUUUCCAACCAUACCUCUAUGCCAGGGAAACCAAUUACCUGAGUCAUACCUGUGUGUCAUGUGGCUGUGUUAAAGGCAGAGUCAGUACGAAAGGGAAAAAAGGAAGAAAGAGAAAGUGGCAUUGUUCGUCGCUUUCUUUGAAACAAACACUGUGUGUGAACUCGGCAAAUGGCAUUUAUACCCCUUUUUCCAGAUGCGGGAACUUUAAAAAGUUAGUGGAAAUUUGUUGUCCAGGAAGCCAUAGCUGUGACGUUAGGGAAAGAGCAAACAAUUCAAGCAGGAGAGAUACGGAGGAAAGACAGGGUUCCAGAUUGCAAAAGAGCAUGGAGCACCUGCACCUUUGAUAAAUCCAUCUAUAUAGUUAUUGAAGGUGCAAGAGCCCCGUCCUCUUUUCAUGCCUAAUGGAGAAGCACAGGUACAAAUGCACUGCUGGAAAGAGGAAGCCUGUUCUGUCUGCUGCUACAGAGCCCCCCCCCCAAAUAACUUCUAUACGUCACUCAGCCCAAGGGGGAAGGUUGGCCUGUAUAUGCAGCCAGCACAGCAUAAUCGUAAACAGUACAGUAUAUGAUUGCUGAAAUUAGAAUCCACUUUUCUCCUGGCAAGGCUGCUAUUCCUUUUAUAGCAGCAUAUAUAACAGAAACACGGAAAGCUGCUUUAUAAAGAGUUGGUCCAUUGGUCCAUCUCGCUCAGCAGUAUUCCUGACAGCAGUACUCCAGGAUUUCAGCCAAGGGCACAUUCCCAGGCCUACCUCGAAAUGCCAGUGAUUGAACCUGGGAUCUUCUGAAUGCAGAGCCAGGGUUCUACCACUAAGCUGCAGCCUUGCUCUGACACAACACAUAAUGAUACAAGAUCAGAUCACUGUGUAGCCAUAUCAGCAAAAGCAAUCUCUCUUGCAUUUCUGCCUGUUGUGCAGGUGUUUGGGCAUACACAAAAAGCUGGCCAUAUAAACACACUCGUGUGUGUAUAAGCACCCAAAGGGAGACUAUAGAUAAAAUCUCUGUAGCUUUGGUAUCUCUCAUUCAGGUAUGAAGAUCUUAACAGAUAGGGCCCUUCUCAGCUAACACCUGCACAACAUAAGCAUGCAGAGAUGGCUUUCGUUUCUUUCAUUCUUUGGAUUUCAUCCCCCACCCCCAUCUGUUUCCUUUUGGAAACGGAUAAUAACAGGUGCAGCUUUUCCAAGCAUGGCAAUAAAGCACUGUUGGAACCUGCACCUAUUGUACUUCUGCUCAUUUUUAAAUUGCAUUUAUAUCCUGUUCUUCUCCAGGGAGCUCAAGGUGAUGUUCAACGUUCUCCCCCCCCCCCCAUUUAAUCCCCACAACAACCCUGUGAGGCUCCAUUUAUGAAUUCAACUAAAAGAGUGGAUUUGAAACUAAUAAUUAUUGGCACUUUAGGUGUAGGGAAGACCUCUCUCCUCCACCGGUAUGUUCACAAGAAGUUUUACGAAGACUAUCGAACCACUCUGGGAGCUAGUAUCCUGACUAAAAUGGUAGUUGUGGACAGCAGCCCGUUGAAAUUGCAGAUUUGGGAUACUGGAGGGCAGGAACGAUUCCGGUCCAUGGUAUCCACAUUCUACAAAGGUUCUGAUGGCUGCAUGCUGGCCUUUGACGUCACAGACAUGGAUUCCUUCCAGUCCUUGGAUGACUGGAGGGAAGACUUCCUACAGAAGGUCAUCCCUAUGGAGCAAGGCUUCCCUAUGGUUGUGCUGGGGAAUAAAAUUGAUUUGAAGGACCGACAGGUGUCCAGGGAGGCAGCUUUGUCCUGGUGCAAAGAAAAGGACAUUCCGUAUUUUGAAGUAAGCGCCAAGAAUGAUAUCAAUGUAGUUCAGGCUUUUGAGACCCUGGCAAGACAAGCACUAUCGAGGUACAAAGGGAUCAUCGAGAACUACCUAACCGAUUCUAUAAAGCUCACUCCUGAAGACCAGCCCAGGACAAAAUGUUGCUGAGAUGUCAUUAAGAAAGGGAUAACUUUUCUACUCUGUCCAAGUCCAAAGCUUGAUGUGUGGAAGAACCGCUGAAGUCUCUCUUAAGUCUUGCCCAUCAGGGCUGGAGGAAGAACUGAAGGGACCCCCCCCCCCCAUUUUCCAGCAAAGAUGGGCAUUACUGACCAUUACUGAGCAUGCUGAUGGAAAUCAGCCUGAAGCAUCUGGGUUACAUUAGCCCAGCAAAAUUGAACUGUGGUUCUGAUCCCUUUGUCCACAAAUUUCUAAGUGGUGCUCGAACUUCAAAGUACCUCCAGGAAAUAACUUGGUUCAUUUGUCUGUUCUCAAUUUAAUGCUGUCUCCCGUGUUUCAUCGUGGUCUCUUUGUUAAGGCAGGUAGGCAGCAGUCAAUCCCUCGAUCUUCAGCCUUUGGUAUCUUACCUGCAAAUACAGCACAUUCCUAUUGUGCUCAACAUAGCACAAUAUGAGCCAAAGCACAGAUCUCAGUGCCUUCUUACUAUGUAUAGAUUGAAUUUACAUCAGAAAUGCAAAACAUUAUGUUUGUUCACCAAAUGUGCAAUAGCACCAGCUGUGUGAAGGUGUUACUAUAGGUACGAGGCUUUUGUAAAAAGUAAUUUUCAGAACAUAGACUUUUUUGUAUGUGCAACAAUACUCCCAAAUAAUAAAAGCCUUUGGGUUCCUUCCCCCCCCC